GUUUAAAGUGAUUUUUUGCUAAUAGGAAGUCUAAAGUUUUAUUGGAUUUAAUUAGAAUUUAAUUUUCAUUGAAUGUGGAAUAAUUAGAAAGAUCUAAACACACACAACCAUGAACGUGCAACAACAACAACAGCAACAAAUUUUAAUGAAUGGAUCGUCUGCAAAUCCGACACUCCAGCAUUAUUUGGUGAAUAAUCAUUUAGUCAAUAACACAACAGAUCAUAACAUGAAGAAUGUUCAUGUCCAAAUUGUGAAGCGUGAACAGCCUGGAGAACGUUAUGUCCUCAACAGACAAUUUGUACAGAAUAUCCAAUUACAGCAACAACAUCAAGAACCACAAAUUAUUUAUUGGGCGAUUGUGGAAAUUGAGUCAAAUAAUGAAAUAAAUUCUUAUGCCUUAGUCGAGUCCAAAGAUGUAAUUGGCAACCCAAAACUUGAAUCUUUAACAACUGGCAAGCUUGUGAUUGUGAAUAUUAAUGGGAAACAGAGAAGAGCAACUAUUGUGAUGGCCUCAAAUGACAAAAACUUUAUAUUCGCCGAAUAUAAUCAACUCAACAAAAUGGCUGAAGACAACCUCAAACUCCGUGAAAUUCAGUCCCGCAAACGUCGUCGCAUUAGUGGAUCUGAUUCAGUCAGAAAAGAUGUUGAAGAUGAUUCAUCACUUUCAGGCUGGUCUGGUGUAUCACAAAAUGUCAAUUCAGAACGUGUUGUGUCGCCAUCACCGCACAUUCAAACUAAAAAGACAUAUGAACGAUAUUGUCCACCAAUGCAAUAUGAUCAAGGAACACAAACAGAUAGUAAAACUACGGGCGAAACUCAGGACUUGAGUGAUAAAAUUAGGGAACUCCAAAAAUUAGUUGAAAUUAAUGAGCACAUCUUAAAUGAGCAGAAGGGACUGAAAAAUGAGGCAAAAAUGAACAGAUUCCUGCUCGAGUCAUUUUCUGAUGAAUUUUCAGCCAUCAGGAAGAGUAUUCAAGCCAUAGAGACUAAAUUUGAAAAUGUAAGCUAUGAACGUCCAACAUUUGAAGCUUUACCACAAGAAAUGGAAAAGAAAAAGGUUCUUAAUGGAUCAGCAGCUCAACAGCAACAACAACAACAGCAACCAUACUUUAUAAUAGAAACUGCUGUACAGGAUGCUGAGAAUGCAUCAAUGUCUCUCACAAAUGGAAGCAAUGUAGAGUAUACAGUUGAGGAACUUCAGGCUGAUGAUAGUGAACGAAGUACAUCGAGAAUCUCAUACCAUGACCAAACAUCAAUGAUGUCAAAUGCAUCGAUGGAUGGAAGUAAAAAAGACUUCCGUAGAAGUCAUUCAUCCUCAAACUUUUCUGUAAUUUCAUCAACUCCACUGGCUCGAUCGAACAGCUCAUCAAAUCUCAUUGAAGAAUGGGCCGAUAUGGAAGGUGACGUAAUUAUUGGAAGUAACCAAACAACUGUUCCUAUUCACAUCCUUCGAUCAAUUGAUUGGAAGAACUUUAAAGCAGCAACAAGGAAGCUUUUAGUCUCUUUGUUUCCACGUGCUGUUUUAGCAACAAGAAGUCUUACUGGACGUCCAUCACCAGCAUUUCAUGACAGAAAUAAGCCAGUUAAGGAGAAAUUGGAUCAAAAUAUUAUUAAUGACAUUAUUCAAAUAGUCACGAGGAAGUGCGGUAUCCAUGAAAGUCAAGUGAGGACAGCAAUUACUACAAAAUGUGCUGAUGAGAAUAAAAUGAUGAGAAGUCGUGUAGAAAAGACAAAAGGAGAUGGUGAUGAUAAGUUUAAGGCACCGGGGAGUGUGAAUGAUGAUAAGGAAAAUUUACUGAUGGAUAAUUAAGUUGUUAGGAGUGCUAUGAUUAUUAGGGUAGGUUAAAUUUCAUAAAUUAGAAUAGAUUCGAGGUAAAGUUUUGAGUUAGGGUGAAUAUUUCAAUUAUGUUGAUUAUUAGAACAGGAAAGAAAAGAACUGGAUAUAUAAGUGUGAAUCAUUUCACGGCACACCUUAGGGAUAAGCAAUUAUCCCCUUAAUCUUAAUUAGUGUGCCACGGCACACAGUUU